UAUUGUUUUCAAGAUGGCGGCUGGGAUGUAUUUGGAACACUACCUGGAUAGCAUAGAGAACCUGCCUUUUGAAUUGCAGAGGAAUUUCCAGCUCAUGAGAGACCUGGACCAGCGGACUGAGGAUCUGAAAGGACAGAUUGACUCUCUGGCUCGUGAAUACACGGGCAACGCACGGACUCUGUCCUCUGAUCAGAAGAUGUCCCUGCUGCGGCAGAUUCAGCAAUCUUACGGCAAGUGCAAAGAGUUUGGCGAUGACAAGGUCCAGCUGGCCAUGCAGACCUACGAGAUGGUGGACAAACAUAUCCGUCGGUUGGACACGGACCUGGCCCGUUUCGAGGCUGACCUCAAAGAAAAGCAGAUAGAGAGCACUGACUACGACUCCACCUCCAGCAAGGGUAACAAGACUGAGCUGCGGGGACUGAAAGACAAGAAGAUGCCCCGAGCUAAGUCAAAGGUCAAGAACUCGGAUGAUGACAGCAGCUCCAAGAACGGACAGAAGAAAGUGAAACUUGCACACACGGCAGAGUUUAACGCCCCCUCAGUGAACUUUGGAAAUGUCCAUCCCUCCGAUGUGCUGGACAUGCCAGUGGAUCCCAAUGAACCCACAUACUGCCUGUGCCACCAGGUGUCCUACGGGGAGAUGAUUGGCUGUGACAACACGGACUGUUCCAUCGAGUGGUUCCACUUCGCCUGCGUGGGACUGACGACGAAGCCCAGAGGGAAAUGGUACUGUCCCCGCUGCUCUCAGGAAAGGAAGAAGAAGUGAUCCAUAGCACAAAGGCAGAAAGGCAGAUUGAGAGAAGGAGAGAGGGACAGAUCCUUCUCAGCUGGCAGUAAUGAAGACUCCACAGUAUAUGGUGCUCUCCUUCUGGACACUCGCCCUUGUUUCUAUCUGAACAUGUGGCAGAUGGUGUUCUAACUGUUGUUUGAGUUUACACAUUAUUUUUCCAGUGAUAUGUUUCCAGUGAUUAUGAUUAUUAAUUUUCUGUAUUUUAUUUAAAUUUGCCUGACAAAGACACAAACAGUCUUUACAGAAUAACCAGUU